AUGAAAAAUGUCAAAUGGUUACUUCCAGAGCGGCAGAUGGAUGGGAGCGAUCUUCUCAGAGUUCGUGAAUCCCAAUUCGAUCCAAAGCAUAUCCUAAGAAGUCUUCUUUCGUCACUUAGUGGUAUUGCAAAAAUCGCUUUUCCUUGUAUUCGACUGCGACAGCACGAGGAAAGACGUUGUCUACGCACCUUCUAUCUGAUACUGAUAACGAGCCCUUUGUAA